UCUGUGUUAUCUCUUCCAGAUGCCUCCCCAUCCGCCUCGGAGCAGCGAUACCUCUUUGACAUCUCCAGCCUGCCUGAGGCAGAGGAGGUGACGGCUGCCGAGCUGCGGAUCCUGCGCUCCCUCCCUGAAAACCGGAGCUUGGCGCUGUCCCCCGAAGGCUCCUUCCACCACCUCCUCCUUGCCACCUGCCCCAGCCGGGAGGGCGAGGAGUCCCGGCUGCUGGACUCCAGGGCUGCAGACAUUUUGGACACGGGCUCCUCCAGAUGGGAGGUGUUUGAUGUCUGGGAGGCCUUGCGAGAUCGGAGGGAGAGCUCGCCGUCGGGAAAGCUGCUGUGCUUCGUGCUGAGGAUCGCCUCGGACCGCUCGGGGCAGCUCCUGCCGCCCCGGCAGCUGGGCUUCGGCAAACCCCGGCCGCAGCCCCACGAGCGAGCCCUGCUCGUGGCCUUCUCCCGCGCCCAGAGGAAGGAGAACCUCUUCAAGGAGAUCCGGGACAAGAUCAAGGCCCUGGGCAGCCCCCCGUUCCUGGGGCCCCCCGAUCCCGGCCAGGAGGCGUAUCUGAAGCGGAGGAAGAGGAGGACCACCAUUGCCGCCCGGUCUGGGGGCAGGGGCCACGGGAAGAAGGCGAAGACUCGCUGCAGCAGGAAGCCCCUGCACGUGAACUUCAAGGAGCUGGGCUGGGAUGAUUGGAUAAUCGCCCCCCUGGAUUACGAGGCCUAUCACUGUGAGGGGGUCUGCGACUUCCCCCUGCGCUCCCACCUGGAGCCCACCAACCAUGCCAUUAUCCAGACCCUGAUGAACUCCAUGGACCCGGAGUCCACCCCCCCGAGCUGCUGCGUGCCCUCCAAGCUCAGCCCCAUCAGCAUCCUCUACAUAGACUCUGGGAACAAUGUGGUUUACAAACAGUAUGAGGACAUGGUCGUGGAGACGUGUGGCUGCAGGUAGCAAUUUCUGCAGCUCUCCCUGUCCCUCUUGGCCUUGCUCAGCAGCCCUGCCCAUUUUAUAUAUAUAUAUAAAAUAUAAAUAUAUAUAUAUAUAAAAUAUCUCUCUCUAUAUAUAUAUAGAUAUAUACACACAUACACAUUUUGGUGUGUGCCUUUCCAAAAGCCAAGCUCAGAGCAGGUGUUUCCUGUCUUCCCUGGGCCACCCUGGCCAUGACCCCAGGAGGGAUGGGGGAUGCCCUUCUGAGACUGAGGCUGCCACCAUCUCUGUGCCUUGCUGGGUCCCUCCUGGUAAAGGGGGACACACAGCCUGGCAGAGCCCACAGGGAAUGUCUCCUCAGCCUCUGAGCUCUGCCUGAUUCACUUGGUUUGCCUAAGGGAGCUGACAACUUCUUUCCCAAAGGAAUUGGAAAAUGUCUAGCCAAAAUUGUCUUGGUUGGAAUCAUGACCUGGCAUGGGGGGGGGGAGGUGGAGUGGUGUCUGCAGCAGAGGGAUUGGGUCAGCAUCACCCUCUGGCUGUGGCAGUGGGAUG